AGCAACUGUGUAGGGCAAGAAUCGAGGAAGUUUACAAGAUAUUAUUGAUUGAAUAAGAAGACAACGAGGGAAUUGUUUUGGAGUGAGGAAGGUCGAAGGGGGGAGCGAUGGGGCGGCAUACGAAUGGCGUCUAGCAGUUGUGGGAACUACCAUUACCGAAAUGGUAAUCAAAUUUCGGAUUUUCCGGGACACCAUAUCAUGGCGGUGGAGACCGGCGAAUGGCCUAACGAUCUCUGAUAUCGGCUCUAAGAGAUAUUUAGUUAAAUCCUAUCAUGGAGUUGAGUUGCAGCAUAUUUGGGUAUUUUGUCAGAUUGCUCGUGGUUGUUUCAUCAUAAUUUGCUAUUUUUACUCCCUUGCGAGCUAAAGACUCACUCUUCAAAGUCUAGCUAUCAUAUGCGGGUUGUUAGGUCCAAGUUCAUAACCUGCAAGUGAAAUUUAUGACAGCCAGGUUAGCCAAAGAAACAGGAGACCUUAUUGACAGUUUUAUCCGCAUAAUUGAGGAUCAUCUGGGGGUACUCGGAAAGCGUGCCUGAGAUUCUAGGUGUCGUUAGAUGUUGGCAAAAUCUUUGCAGAGGCGUAUGGAACUGCUCAAGAAAGGAAGCAACUGGUUGGGCAGAUUUAAAUAUGAAAAAAUUCCAUAUUUAUACCUUGUUUGUGUGUUCUGCUUGGAGAUAAGUUUUGCCCUCAGGGAUGGUGGAUAUAUAGUAUGGGAGAGAGAAUGAACUGUGGCUCUUUGUUGAGAGCUCCAAGUGGAAGGAGAGGGGAUAGGAAUGGGCAACAAAUGGUUUAUGUCGGAAAGGGGCGAUGUGGUGCUUCGGGGGCGAAUCUUAAGGGGCUUAAUCAAGAUAGAGAGGGCAAGGUAGGAAGGAAGAAAGCAAGGAGGGAAAAGAAGUUGAUGGGGGAGAUGGGUGAUAUUAGGAGAGCUGAGAGGGGAGGAUAAUGUGAGGGAGGACUAGAUGAGGAAGAGAUUGGAUUUGGCAGAAUGGACUAUGAGCAAGCAUGGUCCAGAUAAUGGGGUGGAGGCAGUCAUUUAGGGACAUGCUUGCCUGGAUAUUUAGUUGCUGGAAUACCUGAUACCUGAUUGCCACAACACCAGAAAUAUUGGGAUAGUUGCGGACUUGCGGCUAAGUUUGUUUAGUUCCAGAUCUCUUGAAUAAAGGUUGACGGGGAGAGGCUGAUUAGAGCAAAUUUGUUUCUUCAGGUAAAUUAGGCUGGAGUGAUUUGUGGAUUGUUGCAGGCAAAAUGAAUUCAUAUUGUCUCUUUCCAUUUUAUUUGUUCGAGUGUGGUUGAGGAGGGGAAAGAAUUACUCCGUAUAGUAGAUUACGCGUUUACAAAUUUAUUUAUGUAAUUAUUAAAUGUUAAUGCUUGAAAAUAUUAAAAUUGAUGCUACUAGUAGAAAUUUUUUACUACAAGGUGUCUAUUCAACUAAUUUAUUCAUUUGUUAGUGAUAUUUUCUUAUUACUUAGGAAAUAUCCAAUGGUCAUGAAUUAGCUUUUUUGAAGGCAUCAUAUUAAAAUGCCUCCAAUCUUAUUUUCACUCCUUAGUAAGAGUCAAACUAUGUAAGCAGAUGAAUCCUAAUUCCCAACAUUAGCGUACAAACAAUAUUUUACAAGAGACACCCAAUAAAAAUAGAACAAAGAUAAAAUGGAUUAUUACACGUGAAACAUAUUCUCUGAGGCCAAUCUUUUUAUUAUCCCGCCAAAUCAUGAAUGUAAUCUCCCCCAUAUUAUGAGAGAACAUUCAUGAAUUGCCUCCCCCAUGCCUCCCUAGUUAUCCUUAAACAUGUUAUUAGAAAAUAAUCAAUCCUUUUUUAGCUUUCAUCCUAGGUUUCGUUCCUAGGAUCGAAUACCAUUCUUCCAUAGUUAAUUUGAUAGCUAGCAGAGGCCGGGCCGGAAUUAAAUCCUGGCCUGAUUGAUUACAACAUGGGUACAUGUGUUUCCUGCCAAAGAGGGGUGAUUGAGAGGUAUGACGUUGGCGGGAACCUUGUUGAGGAAAAUGCAGAGCGUUUGCAGAGAAAUAAUGGGGAAGAAGAAGAUAUCUAUGAAGGGGUUGUGGGAAGAGGAGAUUAUGGUGCACGCAUUAGACUUCAUGGAUCUUCCAGUUUUAUCUCCAUGUAUUCUCGACAAGGCAGAAAGGGUAUCAACCAAGAUGCCAUGACUGUUUGGGAGGUACAUUUUCCAUCCAUACAUUCCUUUUAAUAUUUUUACUUUUGUGUAAAAAAUCAUGAAUUUGAGCAAAUUGAUGAAGGUGGCAGAGAUGUAUUAUUUUCAUUGUAUAUUUAAGAUUUCAGAUUCAAAAAUAAAAGAUUGGUUAUUUGGUUCUAUAAAAAGACUCAUCAAAUAUAUUUGUUAAAUACGAAGUAUUAUAUAUAUACAUUACCCACAUGAGACAAAUGCUUCAAAACUCUAUAUGUUUAUCAGAACUUUACAGGACAAAAAGGUACGUACUUCUGUGGUGUUUUUGAUGGGCAUGGCCCCUCCGGCCACAAAGUCUCACGUUAUAUACGUGACAUUUUGCCAUCAAAACUUUCACAGUCGUCAUCUCGGGUUAUAUCAACCGUGAGCUUUGAGGUGGGUAAUGAUGACAAGAAUAGCGAAGAUUCAGAUGAGAAGGAUGAUGGUGAUGGUGAUGACCCCCCGAACCCUUUUCUUGACCAGUGGAAAUCAAUUUUUCUUGAGUCGUUUAAGGAGAUGGAUGAAGAUCUUGAAGGCCAAACAACAAUUGAUAUCAAAUGUAGUGGCUCAACAGCAGUUACUGUCCUCAAGCAGGUACUAAUAAUUACAUAACUCUUGAAAUAGAGACAGAAUGUUUAACAACCAUAAUAAGAACACUCCAAUUUAUGAUUGUCAUAUAUUAAUUAAGUAUUUUUUAGUUAAAUUUGCCACGCUAUAACAUGGAAAAAGAACUUCACCCAAUUAUUCUCUAUUCUUUGUCCGUCUCCUACAAAGUAUUGUGGGCGAUCUUAAACUAAUCUGUUUUAAUUAGUGUGAUGUCUAAUACGGAGUACACUGUUUUAUUACAUUAUUAGUAAAUGUGAGCCAAACCUUACUUAAACUUAAUAUGGGUAGUGUAGUGUCUUAUGCAGAGUACGUUGGUUUACUAUAUUAUUAGUAUAUGUGAGCUUGAACUUUUAACACAUUCAUGACUAGAUACUUUAUCAUUUUUUUCCAGCUCACAUAUUUCAAAUUGGUACACUCUUACACGGUAUUAGGUUUUAAGAUUUCAUCCUAAAGAUAAAUCUAAUAUCUUGUUAGUUUAUUGUUUCAUACGGAGUAUUUAACUCAUCAUUUUCAUUUUCAUUUAACUAAUGUGAGAAAAACUUUUAAAAAUUUUGGCAGGAUGAACAUUUAGUGAUAGGGAAUUUAGGUGAUUCUCGGGCUGUUAUUUGCACAAGAGACGACUCAGACCAGCUCGUUGCAGAACAGCUCACCGUCGAUUUGAAGCCUAACCUUCCAGGUGAGUUUGAAAGAAUUAAAAACUCCAAUGGGAGAGUUAUUGCAAUGGCAGAAGAGCCAAAUGUGUACCGGAUAUGGAAGCCUGAUGAAGAUAGCCCAGGCCUAGCCAUGGCAAGGGCAUUUGGUGACUUCUGUCUUAAGAGCUAUGGCCUCUCCUCAGUCCCUCAAAUGCAUUACAGAAAGCUCUCAGAUAAAGACGAAUUCGUUGUUUUAGCAACCGAUGGGGUAAUUAACGUAAACCCAUAUUGCAUAUACAUCUUGCUGGAAUACACCCCCUUUGCAUUGGAAUUGAAAUAUCAUUGGUUCAGAGGAUUAUAAUUGUUAGCCCUUCAGGAUUGGUUAUGAUUUUUAAUUGAGGAGAAAUUUAACUUUAUACUCUAUUUUUUAGAUGAUAUUGAACCACACACCAUAUUUUCAAAAUCAUUAAUGUGUUCAACGGUCUUCAACCAUUGCUGUUUAAAAUCAUUUGACUUUGCACUCUAGUUCUUCACAAUUUUUCACAAUUUUUGGGCUGUUGGACAAUGAUUUUAAUAUAUAUGUGUAUAACUUAUAAAUUUAUAAUUUUAUGAAAUUAUUUUUAAUAAGUAACAUUUUAAUAUAGUUUUCGUAUGCAAAAUAAUUUCAUAUUAAAAAUACAUUGCUCAAAGUUGACUAGGAUUGACAAAAAAGGUCAAUUUAGCGGACUUUUUUUGGGACAGAGGAGUAUCAUACUGUAACUCUUGCUCGGUAUAUUUCAGGUAUGGGACGUUUUAAGCAACAAUGAGGUGAUAAGAACAGUGGCUUCAGCAAGGAGGAGAUCAAUGGCAGCUCGAGUUCUAGUAGAGCAUGCUGUCCGUGUAUGGAAACACAAGUACCCUUGUGCCCGUACUGAUGACUGUGCUGCUGUUUGCUUGUUCUUCAAACGCCACCGCCGGCCGUCGCUAACAAAUUCUUUGUCACAAGAAGCAACUGAGCUUAUGGCCUACAACUACCUAUGCAGCGCCAACACCGACGAUGACGGCCUGGACACUUUGUUGAAUUAUAAGGUGACGACGGAAGAGGGAGAAGACGGUGGUCUGUUGCUUGACUCAAAGACGGGGGGAAAUAGCUCCCGGCCGGAGAUGCCGACAUGCUGAUUUAGAAAUUUUUGAGCUGAUGUAAAUAUGUAAUCGUGUAACAUAUUUGUGUAUAAUAUAUGUGCUCCUUCAAUUCAUUGUGUUCAACUCUAAUGAAAAAAAGACCAAAUGAAAAGUAUAUGAGGGUUGCCAAGCA